AUGGAUGAAGAUGCCCCCGAUCGUCAUGUCCAACCGGCACUUCCGCGGCGCUCAACGUCCGAAAAGCUCAUGCAGAAAAGUCCCAAGGCUAAGCACCAUCUAUGGAUAAUUCUGGGACCCCCUGCUAUCUUGAUCUUUGAUCUGGUGGUGCCGUGCAUAAUUUACUAUUCCUGGUAUGACAUCCAUGUGUCUCGGUGGAGGGACGACUGUAAAGCGCAUGGAGCCACCCCAGAUCAAUGCCCACUCACGAAGCCCGAGUUCGACAAAGACAUCCUGGGCUAUGCAAUCAUCAGCUUCGGCUUUGGCGAGCUUUAUAUUCUGGUAGCGCGGGUAUGUCGUCUUGUUUUACAUCCGAAGGAAUGUGCUCCUCUAUUGUCCAAGUCGCGCUGGGAGCUCGACGCAACUUCGUGGGUCUACGGGGUGUCGAUGAUCUGUGCUUUGAUUCCUUUUGUUGUGAGUAGCACCAGGGAGAUCCCUGUAUUGUAUCUCUACUCUCCUGCCUUUCUCAUUGGGUUCCUUGGUGUUUUGAUGCUCAUCACCCUGAUCCCCUUCCCUAUACCGAUUGGCAUCGAUUCCGAGCGGAGGGGACUGCCACUACGCCCGUUCGUCUUCUACGCUGCAGAAGACAUGAUCGCCGUUGAUUGCCUGCAGGACUGUGAAUUCCGCGUCAGGUUUAACAUUCGGUACGAAAGAUCCAUCGCUUUCCAGAAAAUGUUUGUGCAUUUGACUCUUUGGUGGUUCUUUGGUGUUUGUGUUUAUAUCGGCUGUCUGUCGGCCAUAAUAUGGACAGUACAGUUUCACAUUGCAUUUGGGCUAUCGCUCGGCGUUCUCUUUGGAUUUCUUAUUCUCUGGGCCCUGGUAUCAUGUUUCUGGGUGCGGCAUUCCGUACGGCGACAGGCAAAGCACGAAAGAUCUACUUCCGGCGACACUAAUGUAUAA